AUGGGCCGGCGGGAGGUCGGCGAUCCGGACCCGAGAUCUGCUAGCGGGUACGCCGAUCCACACCCAGUCGACUUGACCGCGAAAAACUUCCUCGACGAGGCAGGCUUGACUGCCAGCCAUAAGGCGCUGUUUAACUUGGGUAUGGAUAUCCUCGACGCAAACUACCGGCCCCCUCUUCUCUUCUCGUCCGCCAAGCUGUCCUCGUGGUAUUCGGUCGGCCUUCUUGCUCGUGACCAGCCCGGUGAUGUCGAGCGGGCAAAGAAGCUUCUCGCCAACUCGCUCCAUCUCCAAGAGCUUGAUUCGUCCUUCGAGCAGAACUAUGGCUCAUUCAAGAAGCAUGCUGUACAUCCCUGGUCAUCAGGAAAGAACCCCUUGUGGGUGGGAGAGAUUUAUGACUCUUAUGAUCCGAACAAUGCGCAAGUUUUGGAUCAAUUCAGUGACAAGCUCGACUCGGACCUCAUCGAGGGGAUCAAGAAGGCUAUGCACACCGCCUGCAUCGGGAACGCCAAGCGCCAUGGUGGCUGGCACGGGGAUGACAUGUGGCCUUCAUACACCAACCCGUGGUUCCUGCGCUGUGUCUGCAGUACCUACACUGGCCACAUGAUGGGCGACAAGCAACUCAUCGAGCAAGCAGAGGGCUGGGUACAAGAGGCAGUUGAGCUGUUCGACCGAGACGAUACCCCUGGCGAGUUCAACAGCCCUACCUACGCCGGCGUCACCCUCAUGGCGCUGGCUUUAGCCAAGUUUUGUCCGCCCGAAUCCGCCAUCAGCAAGGUCGCUCCGAGGCUCAUGAAGGCGAUCUGGGAGUCUCAAGCGGAAACGUACAACCCCUCGCUCAAGAAUGUUGCUGGACCAUGGGACCGGUCGUACGGAUACUGCAUGACCCAGUACUACGCCACCGUCGCAGCGAACAUUGCAUCGGUCGUAGGCAUAGAAGAUGCGCCGAUGCCCUCCCCCCUCAACGGCUCGGACCACUUCACCGACGCAGCUCUCAUACCCAUGCAGAUGCUCACCGCGCCAUAUACGGAAGCCGACCUUUCGGAUGAGACCCGCGCCAAGUUUAAGAAGCUAUACGCUCCCCACAUGUACACCCCUCGCUCGACAUUCCCGCCACACGACCGCAAGCCUCGCCGAUACACCUACUGGCUGGAAGAAGGGCUCUCAAUCGGAGGCGUCGAGUUUGAUGAGGAUCGGAUCGGCGGGCCAAAGGGGAUUCCGGCGCAGUUCAACCCCGGUGUGAUUCAGUGGGACUCGGGAAACCAUGGCUCUGGUUGCGGUUGGAUCUCGGUCUGGCCCGAGAACGCUUGCACUUCCUUCAUCGCUUCCAAGGACUCGCUCACCGUCCGCUACCUCACCCCUACCGAUUUCCCAGGCAGUCCGACCUCCAAUCGCGUCGCUAUCCGCUUCGGCUGCCUCCCCGGCCUGCACCUGGAUCACGAGUUCCUGGCCGACGGAAAGGCUUCCCUCCCGGGCCUGGACAUCCAUCUGAGCGGCAGCAUCGUUGACAAGGGCGAUCGCGCUGUCUCGUUCUCCCUGGCGCAGAAGAUCCACGGUGCUUACUAUUACGAGGUCGUCUACACCUUCCCCGACUCCCUUCGUGAGACUGAGGCGCCCACUUUGGUCAUCGGAGUCACAAAGACCCAGCCUCCUGCCAGCUUGUUCUUGAUGUAG